AUGGGAAAGGAUACUUUCACUCUCGCUGGCCGCGAGUGGCCUCGAGUCACCUGGUGGAAGAUGAAGGGCAUGCGAUCCGUCUAUCUUACUCUGUGGGCGGCCAUGAUCACCUCUGCGACUAAUGGUAGCGUACUCCCGUCCUUCCGUCCUUUGAUCGCUGUAAUAUGGUUCUUGAAACUGACAAUAAACACAGGUUACGAUGGAUCUUUGAUGAACGGUCUGGAGGCUAUGGAGUCUUGGAAGGAGUCCUACAACCACCCUACCGGUGGUACAUUGGGAAUCCUCGCCGCAUCGAUGGCAAUUGGCUCCAUGCUUUCGAUUCCUGUCGUACCGUACGUUGCCGACAUUUUCGGGCGUCGCUUCGGUGUGGUCGUGGGCUGUACAAUUAUGCUCUUCGGUGUCGCGAUGGUCUCCAUUGGUUAUAAGGUUGCUCUGUUCGUCUGCGGCCGAAUUGUUCUCGGCUUUGGUCUCGGAAUUGCCCAGGAAUGCGCUCCUCUACUCGUUACCGAGUUGGUCCACCCUCAACACCGCGCUGUUUACUCCUCCAUCUACAACAGUCUGUGGUAUAUCGGAUCCUUGAUUGGAGCCUGUGUUGCUUUGGGAACCAACCACAUCGAGAACAGUGCUUGGUCUUGGCGCGUUCCUUGCCUCCUGCAGGCUGUGCCCUCUCUGUGCCAGUUGGUGUUCAUCUGGACCGUCCCUGAGUCGCCCCGUUGGCUCAUCUCCAAGGGCAGGCUGGAAAAGGCAAAGCAGGUGUUGGCAUAUGUCCAUGCCCAGGGUGACGAAGAUGACGAGUUGGUCAACGUCGAGUUCGAAGAAAUCCAACAAACAAUCGCGUUGGAGAACGAGUAUGAGGGUAACAGCUGGCUCGAAUUCUUUGCCACCCCGGGUAACCGCCACCGCUUGAUCAUUCUUGUUACCAUUGGCUUCUUCUCCCAGUGGUCCGGAAACGGUAUUGUUUCCUACUUCUUGCCUCAAGUUCUGAAAAUGAUUGGAAUCACUGACAGCAACACUCAACUCACCAUCAACUUGAUUCUGAGUGCCGUGAACGUCGUCUCUGCUACUGGAAUUUGCUUCUUCGUUGAGUACUUCGGCCGACGCAAGCUGUUCCUGACUUCCAGUUUCAGCAUGCUUGCGUGCUACGUCGCCACAACCAUUGCUCUUGCCCGCUUCCUCAUUGCAAAGGAAGGUGGUACCACGGACGACCACGCCGCGAAUACCGUCAUCGCAUUCAUGUUCCUCUUCUACAUUGCCUACAACAUCGGUUACAGUGGUCUGUUGGUCUCGUACUCUUCGGAAAUUCUGCCAUACCGCCUCCGUGCCAAGGGUCUCACAAUCAUGUUCUUCUGUGUUGACCUCAGUCUCUGGUUCAAUCAAUAUGUCAACCCCAUUGCUCUCGAUGCCAUUGAGUGGAAGUACUAUAUCGUGUACGAUCUCUUCCUGUGUUUCGAGAUCUUCAUCGUCUGGAAGUUCUACCUUGAGACCAAGGGCAUUCCAUUGGAAGAGAUCGUCAAGAAGUUCGAUGGCGAAAGCGCCGUCCUUGGAGGUGCUUUGGUUUCAGACAAGGUUCAAGGUCUCAACCGCUCCGAUAGCCGAUCUGCUCAAGCUGACGGUGGUGAGAAGGCGAUCACUACUCAGGUUGAGCUGUGA